AUUCAACUUUUUGACAUAUGACUAAUCGAUCAUCCCGCCCCGCGCAAUGUUUGAAACUUAUCAGAAAAGGCUAUAAUCGUCGUUAAAUAUUAUUAAAAAGUUUAGCUCGAUAGUAUAACAACAAUAAGUGUAACUUAUUAUAAAAGAAGAUAAACUCGAAAUGUAACAAUAUUUUGCUGGCAAUCGUAAAGUAUUUGACGCGUACACUAUUUUAUUCAUAUACGCUAGGUACUUUAUUUAUUUUUGUUUUGAACUGUAAAAUAUGUCAUCACCAAUUGUGGUUUUAUCAUCAUCGUCAUCAAGCUUAGAAGAAACUGGCUGGGAAAGCGAAUCAUAUAGCCCAUUUAAAGGAAAACCAACUGUAAAAUCUACUAAAAAAAGCGAAGUGAUAAAGAAAUUAUUUACCAAAGAAAAAUCGCCAGAUGGGCCCUCGAAGCAAAAUGAAAUAACGAUUAUGAUAGCAGGAGUGAAAGUUAAUCUACCAGUAAACCCUUAUGGGACUCAGAAGGCGUUGAUACAUCAGGUAAUAAAGACCAUAAAAGCUGGUCAGAAUUGUCUGCUGGAAAGUCCAACUGGAUCGGGUAAAACAUUAGCACUGCUAUGUGGAACACUGGCUUGGCUACAGGCGGAAAAAGAACGUAUAAACAAACUACAAAUGGAGAGUUGUUUUGAAGAGAUUUUUGAGAACAAGAUGGAUGACUCAGCAGGCAACGCAAACAACCGCAAACACGUUGACAAUCCUUUCACCUUCGAAGUGUCCUUCGCCAAGCCCGAAUACGGUAAAAAAAGCAUAUACAGUUCACCGAAGAAGUCCGAUAGUCCGCCCAAGCACUAUGCAAUGUCAUCAGGCAGUCCUGAUACAAAUACCAUGGGUACACACGGAGCUACCAGCAUAGAUGAAGAACAAUCCCAAACCCGAAAGAAAUACAAAGCUGAGAACAUUACCAAUAUAUCUGACUCUCCACGGUCUCCGUCUAACUCACAGAACCCGCCGAAACAUGAACGGGUUCCAGUCGUGUACUACGGCACCAGAACCCACAAACAGCUACAGCAGGUGAUCAAAGAGUUCAAACGCACGGUCUACUGCAAGGAGAUACGUAUGUCGAUACUGGCCGGCAGAGACCGGACCUGUCUAAUGCCAUUCGAUCGUAAAAUCUGGAAAACCAAGGACGAUAUGUGCGCUGAGUGCAUCAAAACCAAAUCAAGUCUGAUGAAUACGUCAUCACCGCAAACGUCAAGCUGCAAAUUCUACGACAACCGAAUGUCGUUGACGCACAGCAACUUGCCCCCGGCCUUCGACAUCGAGGACUUGGUCGAAGCCGGAGCGAAACUGAAGGCCUGCCCUUACUUCGCUGCCAAGAGCAUGGCCGCAAAAGCAAAAAUCAUCUUCUGUCCUUACAACUAUCUGAUCAACCCUUUCAUUAGGGAGCGGAUGAGGAUCAAUUUAGCAGACAACAUAGUCGUUAUAGACGAAGGGCACAACAUCGAAGACAUCUGCAGAGACGAGGCCACCUGCACCAUCGAGAGGAGACGGAUAUCUGAAGCUGUUGAUCAACUGCAGUACGCCAAGAGGUACGUUAAGAUGGGCCAGGAUGAGGCUGCAAGAGGGGAAACAAUAGAUUUUUUCAUCAAGACAUUACAAAUAUGGGAUAAGUGUCUAAUAGAACAAUCCGAUCGCGUAUCGCGCGAGAACACCGACAUGUGGAACAUGAACGAGUUCAUGGCUAUGCUAAAUGAAAAUGGCAUCGGACAAAACAAUUAUCAUAAUUUCAAUUUUCAUUUAUCGAAGCUGUUACGUAUGCAAGAUGAUUUGUACGGUGUGGGACAACACACGAUCGCCUUGUUGGAAACAAUGGACUCCGCUCUCGGGUACCUUUUCAAGGACGAAUGUAAACACGCCGAAGACUUCGUGCCGAUGUUGCUGAAGGGUGACGACUCGCGCGCGCUCUAUCGGCGACGGUCGUAUACCGGCGAGUUCAAAGGUGCGAACAUAUCGAUACGUCUUCUAUGCAUGAGUCCGGCGGUGCUGUUCGAGGGUCUGACGAAGGCUAGAUCUAUAAUACUGGCCUCCGGUACACUGUCGCCCGUGGGCAGCAUGAAGCACGAGCUCGGCGCCGAGUUCAACGUGUCGUGUUUGAACCACGUCAUCUCUAGAGAACGGGUAUGGAUAGGAACGUUAAGAAACUGCGAGAGCUCGGAACAAUUGAAAUGUACGAAGGAUAAUAUGGAGAAGAAACAAGUACAGGAUUCCAUAGGGAAGGCUAUAUUGAGGGUGUGUGACGUCACGCCCCAUGGAGUGCUGUGCUUUCAUUCCUCGUACACAUCCAUGAGGUUGCUACAUCAAAGAUGGCAACAAACUGGCUUGUGGGACAAAUUGAAUAGCCUAAAAUAUAUAUUUAAGGAGAGCGACAAUACGACUGAUCAUGACGAAAUUAUGAAGGAGUACUACAGCGCCGCGGAGGUGGAUCGAGGCGCGAUCCUGUUCGCCGUGUACAGGGGGAAGGUCUCCGAGGGCAUGGACUUCAGGGACCGGCAAGCCAGGGCCGUUGUGACGAUCGGCGUGCCCUUCCCAACGAUCGGAGACAAGAUGGUCACGGAGAAAAUGAAAUACAACGACAAGCAUUCGAAUGGGAAGAAGUUAAUGCGCGGCUGGGACUGGUACAACGUGCAAGCCUUCAGAGCCAUGAACCAAGCCAUAGGACGUUGCGUGAGGCACCUCAACGACUGGGGCGCCGUUCUGAUGAUCGACGAGAGAAUCGCAGAACAAAGGAAUCUUGAAUAUCUAUCUAAAUGGGUGCGAGACUUCCUCGGAAACAACCAUUUUACUUUCGAUGAAUUAAUGCAUAGACAAAACAGCCUCACAAGAUUUAUGGAGAACAUGAGCAAAGAAUAAUAUAUAUUUUUUUGCUUAUUUUAUUCAUUUUUAUUAUUUUAAUCAAAUUAUGACCAAUUAUUCUAAUAAAAUGUAAUGACAAUGUAUGUUUUUUGUUUUAACUAUAAUACUAGAUCAAAUUUGAAGAUCAAUACUAAUUAGGCGAGUACCUUUUGUAAAUUGAUUCAAUACCUACAAUAAAUAAUGUUUUGAGGUGGCUAGUUGUUGAUCUCUAAGGAUGAAUUUCCGCUUUUCUCUCUAAGCUGUAACAAAAAUUUUAAAUAAAUAAAAAUGUUUAGCCGAAAA